CUACCCACUACCACCACCAGCCGUGGCCGGAAAAUGGCAGCGACCAUCACCGACCGCCUGUUUACUACUCGCAUAGCCAGUGGUCGUCUUCUUUACAAGCUCUACUUCAUCGCCUUCAUUGCCGGAAUCUUUUCCCUCUGCUACUACCGUCUUACCCAUAUCCCAUCCGACCACCCCAUACUAUGGCUGCUCGUCUCUCUCGCAGAAUUCUGGUUUGCAGCCACAUGGGUCUUCCAACAAGGCUUCCGCUGGGCCCCCACGUUCCACGUCACAUACCCUGAUCGCCUUCCGUCCAACCUUCCCCCGGUGGACUUGUUCGUGUGCACCGCCGACCCCGACAGAGAGCCACCGAUGCUUGUGGCUGACACACUUCUUUCACUCAUGGCUUACGAUUACGAUGCUAACAAGCUAGCCUUCUAUCUUUCCGACGAUGGUGGAUCAGAAUUGACAUUUCACGCUAUCUACCAAGCUUCCUUAUUUGCAAAACACUGGCUGCCGUUCUGUCGAAAGUACAAAGUCGAGCCACCAGCUCCACAAGCAUAUUUCUCGGCUGAAAAUAUGGAUGUCGGCGGUGGUUGUCAGAGUUUCCGGCGGGACUACGAUCUGGUGAAGGCUAAAUUUGAAGAGAUGCAAAAUCGUAUAAAAAUCGUGGGGAAAUCAAAAAAAGUGCCAGAGGUAACUCGGAGAGGGCACAAAGGGUUCAGGGAGUGGGACUCUGAGAUCAAUCCUCGUGACCAUCAGACCAUACUUGUGGUUCUGUUACAAGGGAACGGGAAGGAUGUUGAUGUGGAAGGUAAACCAAUGCCAACACUUGUAUACGUGUCAAGAGAAAAACGGUCCGGUCACCCUCACCACUACAAAGCUGGCGCCUUGAAUGCCCUGAAUCGAGUUUCAUCAUUGAUGAGCAACGCCCCGCUAAUCCUCAAUGUUGAUUGUGAUAUGCACUCAAAUAACUCACAAGCGCUACGUGAUGCUGUAUGCUUUUUCUUGGACCCCAAAGAAGGCCAUCGCAUUGGUUAUGUUCAAUUUCCUCAGAGCUUCAAUGGUGUCACAAAGAAUGAUUUGUAUGCUAAUGGUGUCAAGAGAAUUUAUGAGAUUGAGUUUUUUGGCACCAAUGCACACAAUGGUCCCAUGUAUGCUGGAACAGGUUCAGUCCAUCGUCGUGAAUCUCUGAACGGGAGGAAAUUUGACCCUAAUUUUCCAAUUAAGUUGGAAGACAAAUCAGUUAAAGGAAGCAAAAACUGGACUGAGUUGGAAGAGAAAGCAAAGGAACUCAUAAGGUGUGACUACGAGAUGGGCAAACCAUGGGGCAAAGAAAUGGGUGUGAUGUAUGGGUGUGCAGUGGAGGAUGUCUUCUCAGGCCUCGUCUUCCACUCAAGGGGAUGGCAAUCUGUGUUUUGCAGCCCAGAAAGGAAGGCAUAUUUGGGAUUAGCCCCAGUUAACACCAAUGAUACACUUAUCCAACACAAGAGAUGGUCUACUGGGUCGCUUGAAAUCUUCCUCUCAGACUACUGCCCUUGGACUCAUGGAGUGGGAAGGUUGAAGCUAGGACAAAUUAUGUGUUAUAGCUUUUACACUUUAUGGGCUCUUUGGUGCUUACCCAUGUUGUGUUAUGCACUUAUUCCUCCCUUGGCAAUGGCCAAUGGAAUAUCCUUGUUUCCACAGGUUACAGAUCCUUGGUUUAAGGUUUUUGCAUCUCUAGGGAUUGCUUCCCAUAUCUUUAGCCUGGGGGAGCUAAUGUGGGCAAAGGGAACCAUUAAGAUGUGGUGGAAUGAAACAAGAAUGUGGAUGAUGAAAGGAUCAUCUUCUUAUCUCUUUUCAGUUAUUGUCAUAAUCUUAAAAUCAGUAGGAAUCUCUGAAACAGGAUUUGAGAUUACUAGCAAAGUCAUAAAUCAAGAAGCUUUGAAAAGAUACAACCAAGAAAUAAUGGAGUUUGCAGUUCCAUCCCCCAUGUUCAUUCCUACAACAACCCUUUCUUUACUCAAUUUGUAUUGCCUUCUCCAAACAACCCCAAAAAUCCUUGAAGUAGGAUUAGGGGGUCUUGAUCACUUGGCUCUGCAACUUAUAAUUUCGGGAUACAUAAGCAUAAUAAGCAUGCCACUGUAUGAGGCCUUGUUCUUGAGGAAGGACAAAGGUCGAAUGCCUACAUCUGUGACCACCUACUCCAUCACACUUGCUUUCCUUGUAUUUUAUUUAUCUUCCUUUGUCAUGUAACAAGUUUUCUAUGUGUGUAGCCUCGUAUAAUUUGAGAACCAAUCAGUGGGAAAGAGGUCAUUUAAAUUUCAAUUUCAGGGUUUGUAUGUAUGUAUUCAAAAAUCAAAACCAAAGUUCUUUUUGGUUUUCCUUUUAUAGUCAUUAUGAGAUAGGAAUGAGGCUAGAUAUGUUUGGGUGGGUGAGAUUGAGAUAAGAUUGAUAUGUAAUGUUUGAGUUACGAGUGGGGGUUGUCUCUUUCUUCUUCUAUAAAUUCUCAAGUAAUUAUCAAAUUUUGUAAUGUAAUCUUUCUUGGCUUUCUUAUA